AUGUUACAUCAUAAAAAUUUAACCGAAAUAUCCUUGGACACACUCGAAGCAAGCGAAAUGCUUCUUUCUUUGUCGAAGAAACCUGUCUUAAUUCCUUCGACAUAUUUCCCAAAAGAAAAAACUUCUGGCAAUAGUUUAAAAAAUCCUCUUCUAAUAAUAAAACCAAUUCGGGAAGAAACCGAUACCGUUCAAAAUGUAAUUUCAACUUCUGGUUCCUUAGAUGAUAAUUAUCAAGUUGAAGCUGCUAAGGAUUCGAUGAGAAUUGAAAACAAAAUAUCUAUGAAUACCGAAACCGAUAAUGACUCAACAGAUCUUGUUGUUUCGCCAAAGAUUGAGAAUUUGCUUAAUUCAGAAGCUACAGAAAAUUAUUACGAACAAAAAAAAGAUAAUCAAAUUUCGAUUCAAAUAAAUCGCACAUUACCGCCACUUAUAUUAUCAGAAUUGUCUUUAGUUAAACCAAAGUUGGAAGAAUAUCAUCUUAAAAAUAAUAACAACGACUGCAAAUCACAGAGUGAAACGUUAAACUUCCCGUGUUCAGAUCCGAAAUGUGAGCAAUGUUGCGAAAAUCCAUUUUCGAUGAUUAACAAUGGGCUCUACAACUCAAAUCUAUCAAUGCCCGCUAUUUCUACUAUGCCGUCUUUCCGUUCUUCAAAUUACUCUGAUUCCUUUCAAUUAAGCUCGCCAAACUUCAAAAAGAAAUCAAAUCAAAAAGAAGGAAAAAAGGUUUAUAACUUGAUGCGAGAGAAGUCUUCGGAUAAGAAUAAAAAUUCAUCCGAACAAAAACGUGUGCGCAGAAAGUUCAAAUAUUUUGCCGAUAACACUUCUUCAGCUACUACACAAACCACAUCAUCUUCGACUUUAUCGGUUAAUUCUCAAAGUACAAAUAAUGCCGAAAUUCCAAAAACUCGGCAAGGUGAACCACUUCGUUGUGCAAAUUGCGGUACUCGAGACACUCCAGCAUGGAGACGAGAUUUACAAGGAGUCGCCUUAUUGUGUAAUGCUUGUGGAAUUUAUUUGAGGCUUCACAAUCGUCAUCGUCCAUUUCAAAUCGAUCCUGAUGGCGAAAUUCAUAUUUCGAAAGAUCAAAGUAGAAUAGAUUGUAGAAUUAAGUGUGCAAAAUGUGAUUAUCUUGGUGCAACUUAUUUUAAGGGAUCACUUGGAAGACCAUUAUGUCAGCUCAAUAUCACUAUAGCCUGA